AUGUGGAAAGGGAGCGGGCACGCAACGACCCCCAAACGUUUUGCAGAUUCCCAUGAAAAGAUUUGCCGUUACAUUGCCAGAGAAAGCAACUCGGUGGUUGUGUCGGUUGGGUAUCGUUUAGCCCCUGAACACAAAUACCCUGCUGCGUAUGAAGACUGUCUUAAUGCCACCAUACACUUCAUGAAGAAGGCAGAGCACUAUGGUGUGGAUCCUGCCAACAUAACUGUCUGUGGGGACAGUGCUGGGGGCAAUCUGGCAGCUGCUGUUAGCCAGACCCUUGCAGGUAGAUCAGACCUCCCCAGCCUGCGUGCUCAGGUCUUGAUCUACCCAGGCCUGCAGGCCCUGGACUUCAAUUUACCAUCCUACCAUCAAAAUCGAGGGGUCCCUCCCUUAUUCCGAGAGCGUGCUGCUUUCUUUGCUCUGCAGUACCUCAAUGGGCAUGCGCUGCAUAUGCAAGAGGUCUUGGAGGGCUCUCAUAUUCCUCCGGAUAUGAGGCUGAAGUACAGGAAGUGGGUGAGCCCAGAUCACAUCCCCGAAAAAUUUAAGGUCAGAGGCUACAAGCCACACAAGCCACACAAGCCCCGUGAAUUCAAGGCUGAAGAUUUUGAGAAAGCAAAGAGAUUCUGUGAGCCCAACCUGUGCCCGCUGCUGGCCGAAGAUGCUGUGAUUCAGCAGCUGCCCGAGUCUUUCAUCCUGACUUGCGAGUAUGAUGUGCUGAGGGACGAUGGUUUGCUUUACAAGAAGAGACUGGAGGACAACGGUGUUCCAGUGACCUGGUACCACCUCGAGGAUGGAUUCCAUGGAAUCAUAAGCUUCUAUGAUUACUGUGGUUUGUCAUUCCCAUCUGGGAAAAAGGGAUUGGACAGCGUUGUUAAAUUCAUAAAAGGCCUGUGA